CGCUUCAGCCGGCAAGAAGUUGGAAAACAUAACAAAGAAUCAGCCAGUUGCCCGCACGACGCCACUCCAAGCACACGCGUACCACAACAUAACAUCUGAAGCCAUUACAGAAACUUUCUAAAUUAAAGUGAGAAAAUCGAUAAGGGAAAUUCAGUAUUAAAUCGUAUCCAAGAUGUUUUCGACGAGGAAGAGCGUUGAGAGAAUCGUGCAGGCGUACAAGAAUGAGAUCCGGCGACAGAUCAGCAAGACCACCAGUGUGACCAACUCCGACGCCAUGGCCCCGCGGCUUGACCAGGCCAUGCAGGACGAGGCAAUACCCAAGAAGCUCCUCAACUUGCAGAAAUACCACAGAUUCCUGUCGACCCUGAACUCCCAGCAGCUGCCGCUGGCGGCGCAGGGGCUGGCGGUGUCCAAGGACCAGUCCCGGGAGUUCAUGGCGGUGUUCCCGGACAUCGUGAGGGACCUCACGGAGACCGGCAAGCACUACGAUGUGCCGGAAGCCAGCAAGUGGUUGGCGAAGCUCUUACAAUACAACGUGCCGAAUGGGAAGAAGAACCGUGGUCUGGCCACCGUCCUGGCUUACAAGAUGCUGGAGAAGAAGGAGAACCUGACCCCCGAGAACAUCCACCUGGCCAACAUCAUGGGCUGGUGUAUUGAAAUGUUCCACACACACCAGUUGCUGCUGAACGACAUAAUGGAGGGCCGCGAGAUGCGCCGCGGAGCCCCGUGCUGGUACACCCGCGCCGACGUGGGGCUGGGAGGCAUCAACGACGCCAUCCUGGUGCAGGCCGCCAUGCAUUCCACGCUGAAGCGGAACUUCAGCGACAAGCCGUACUACAAGAAUGUGCUUGAGAUGUUCAAUGAGAUGCUCCUCAAAUCCUCUAUCGGCCACUAUCUGGAGAAGUCUCUUGCACGUACAGAGCGGCCAGACCUGACUCAGUUCACCAUGGACAAGUACGUGGCCAUCAGCAAGUACCGCACCGCGUACUACACCUUCCAAAUGCCGGUGAGCCUGGCGCUGCUCAUGUCCGGCGUCGACGACCCCGAGACCCACAGACAAGCGAAGACCAUCCUGCUAGAGAUGGGACAGUUCUUCCAGAUUCAGGAUGAUUUCCUGAACUGCUUCGGUGACCCAUCCGCCACCGGCAAGGAAGGCACCGACAUCCAGGAUGGAAAGUGCACCUGGUUGGCUGUCGUAGCGAUGCAGCGAGCCAACGCAGCCCAGAAGCAAGUCCUGCUGGACCACUACGGCAGUGCCAAGCCAGAGGACGUAGCUGUCAUCAAGAGCCUCUACGAAGAACUGCAGCUCCCGCACACAUACUCAGUGUACGAAGAAGCCACGUACGACCUCCUCAGAACACAAAUUCAGCAGGUCACGAGGGGACUUCCACACGACUUUUUAUCAGCACAACCGAAUAUUACAUUGGCAACAAAUGUAUCAAUUGAAUCUCCAUCUAAGAAAGAGAAAGACCUGUUUGUGGACAUGUUGCCCACCGUUGUAGACUCGGUGGUGUACAGCCAGAAGUUCACACAGGUGCCAGAAGUGGCCAGUUGGGUCAAAAAGGUGUUAGAAUACAAUUUACACGGAGGGAAACUGAACAGAGGCUUAUCAACAGUUUUCGCGUACAAAAUGUUGGAGAAGCCUGAGAAUAUCACUGAGGACUCUCUACAGCAAGCUCGCAUCAUGGGGUGGUGUGUGGAACUGUUCCAGGCGUACCUCCUGGUUCUAGACGACAUAAUGGACGGGUCGUCGACGCGGCGCGGCGUGCCCUGCUGGUACCGGCGCCCGGACGUGGGGCUCGGCGCCAUCAACGACUCCAUCUUCAUACAGAGCAGCCUGUACCAGUUGCUGAAGACCUUCUUUACGGGGAAGCCGUAUUACACUGAUGUCAUGAAUUUGUUUAAUGAGAGUCUAAUGAACACAUCAAUAGGACAACACCUAGACUUCAUAAUGGCGCAUCGGAACAAGAACGACUAUACGUUGUUCACCAUGGAAAGAUACAACGCGAUAGUCAAGUAUAAGACAGCAUACUAUUCCUAUAAACUGCCCGUAUCUCUAGGACUAUACUUAACUAACAACGCCGAUUAUAAUGCGCAUAAGCAGACCGAAGAGAUCUGUUUAGAGAUAGGAAGAUUCUUUCAAAUACAGGACGACUACAUAGACUGCUACAGUGACGAAUCCGUGUCAGGCAAAGCCGGCACCGACAUACAAGAGGGCAAGUGCUCGUGGCUCGCUGUAAGCGCACUACAGCGCUGCAACUCUGCGCAAAGAGUCGUCUUCGAAACGUGCUACGGUUCGAAAGAACCCGCCCAUGUAGAGAGAAUCAAACAACUGUAUAACCAGCUAGAGUUACCCAAAGUGUAUAAAGAGGAGGAACAAGCGACGUAUGAUACGAUCAUGUCUAAGAUAAGCUCUCUGCCCGGAUCUCUGUCUCCGCCGUUGUUCACCAAACUGAUCGACAUGAUACAUAAUAGAAAAGUUUAAAUAGUAUGGUAAAAUCUUUUGUAUUUUUGUGUAUAAAGGUGGGACUACAUUUGUAUCAGAUCUCCGUAUCAUAGCGUCGUCUCGGCGCGUAUCAUGGUCAUUAGUUUGACGUAUGAUUUCAGGCAGGAUAAUAAUAUUCGAGACUAUAAUACGGAAGAGUUAUUCAAAUGUGUUCAUGGCCUUAGUGGAUAUGUUGGUACAGUCAGCUCAAUAAACAUUUACUAUGGAUGGUCGUGUGUGAGAAAUGUCCCCUAUACACUUUUGUACCUUGUCAAACUUAACAAACCGACACGACACUCUGAAUUUAGUUUGGCGAAGUAUAAUAAUGUGUAUGCAUAUUAGAAGAGUCUACUGUAACACAAAAA